GUCAACUUGACCAAGAACACUUGACGUCAACAUCCAGUUUUUCUGCUGGUGCUGCUGGAUUGUCAUCUCACCUGUCGACAGAAUCCUUUGUUUAUUCAUUAUUCAUUAAACUGUAUCGUGCAAAGGCAGAUAUUAUCCUUGAUCUGAGUUUCGGCAGUGACUUCUGUCGAAGAAAUGGCCAGCCCAGAUGAAGUGUCCGGGAGCGCACUGACAUUUGAGGAAUUUGACUCAUCACGCAUUAAAGUGGAGGCUGAUACUUUUCCUGAAAUUGAAGAAAACGCGAAUCCAUCAGACGUUUCAUCAUCAGAGUCUAAGGAGGGCUUGCUGACUUCUGCACAAGGACCGAGUUCUGGAUUCCACUCGAAACACUUCUCUGUCACUGUCUCGGAUGGUGAAACUAUUUUCAAGUGCAAAAAUCCUUCAGUUUGUUGCAUUGGUACAAUGGCGAAGAUUUUGGAGAGCAAUCCCCCACCUCAAUUCAUUACCCGUGCUCGACUGAUGGAGGAUAGACGUUAUUCUAUCCGCACCCAUAUUGCCCGGCUUCGUGACCUGUUGGAGGAAUAUUCUGCCAUGGCAGCAAAUAGAAAGUCCGUGAACUGUGCCCAUCAUCAAGUUGCACCUAAGAUGAUAUACUGCAAUGCUCGUACAUGUCGACAGAUUUUCACUGGCUCAGGAACUCACCUUUUGGAGCUACUGAAUCAUAUAUCAUCCAGCCAUGAAGCAGAUGCCAAGGAACUUAUUCUCAAAAUGAUGAAGAGAUUCAGACAGACCUUGACACGUAUGGGAGAGAUGGUACAUGAGGAUAAAAAGUUUAUAGCCCAGCGCUUUGUUUGAGUCAUACGUGGUGUGAUAGAGAAUGAGUUUGUGGUUUCAACACCGGCUCAAAUAGUCAUGUAAUCCGCACAUUAGAAUCUCAUUUCUGGCACUAGAUUGGAUUAUAAGUUGCUUUGCGGUGGA